AUGCCCACCGACACAGUCAGGCCCACCCGCGCAGAAGCAAAAGAACAUAUCGAUUCAUUCUGGACGAGACGCCACAUCGCCAGAGACGCCAUCGAUAUUGAGAAAGACAUCAAUCUUCGCGACCUUUCCAAUGGACUGCAAAUCCUAUCUGAUGGCCUCUACGGUGAUCUCACUCACUUUUUCUGGGAAUUGCUCCAGAACGCGGAUGACAGUAGAUAUAGUACAACACCCCGCGUCGAAUUCGUCCUGACCAGCCAUUCUCUGACUUACGAGACCAACGAAAUCGGCUUCAACAGGGCUGAUGUGGAGUCGCUGUGUGCAGUGGGCUGCAGUUCAAAGACCGGUCAGAAUGAUACGAUUGGGGAAAAGGGCAUUGGCUUUAAGUCAAUUUUCAAAAUUACAGACGUCGUCACUAUUCACUCAGGUGUAUAUUCUUUUAAACUGGACACGCGACCUCCUCUCGGCAACGUCGGCAUGGUUCUGCCCAUUUGGCUGGAUAAAAUACGAGACUUCCCUGGGACAUCAAUCACCCUGCAGUUCAAGGCCGACCUUGACGUGUCCAAGUUGCGCCAACACCUAGCCUCAUUUGAUUUCACCUUCCUACUAUUUACCCGAAAUAUUAAAGUGAUCAAUUUGAAGGUCUUCACUGGACAGUCGUUUGAGAAGCUUGGACGGCUCGAACACUUGGCGCCUGGGGGUGAAAGAAUAGAGAUAAAGAUCGACGGCCGUCCCGAUACGACGAUGGACUAUGUCAUAUUCCGACCUAAGUACCACGGCAUGCCUCCACGUCAACCUGGCGCUCAGGUUCAACCCGGCAGCGAUAAAACGGAAAUUGUGCUUGCAUUUCCUCACCGUAAUCACAAACCGCUUGCCGAAGGCCAAAAAACCUAUGCAUACCUACCAGUCAAUUCCUUUGGAUUUCAGAGGUGUUUGCCUAAAGCGCUCUGCUCUGCUUUUGAACAGUUGGCAAAAUCGACGGAAUCUAAUAUGAAGUUUAGUUGGCCCGAAUAUUUGGGCUCUCUGGGGGUUAUUCACGAUUCGUUUAUGAGAGAAGUUGCUGCCUCCACUAUCGAGCAACUGCGAUCGAAGCAACUGAUUCGAACAGAGUUGCAAGACGGUGUUUUCCUGGCGCCUCAGGAUUGUCUGACUGCAUUAGAUGAGUUUCGUGACGCCGCUGGCGGACUUCUUAUCACCGAGGGCACAUACGCACAGCGGGUGAGAUCGAAUGGCUACUCUGACAACUCGGCAACGAUCCUUUCAAUACUGGGUGUCACUCCGUUUAACAUCUCGCACUUCGUGGAGCUGCUAGCCCAAUAUAUUUCAGCGAAUAUGUCAAGUUUCUCAUCAAAGGUAACAGCAUGGCAGUCCCGCGUCGCGAGACUUCUCUGCAAUCAUUUCUCGAACGGACACUAUCAGCCCUACUCACCCGUAUUCCAAGCCUUCAAAGCUCUGCGGAUCAUCCCGCUGGAUGACGGCUCAUGGGCAUCUGGUGCUUCUUGCGCAACUAAGAAGGUCUUUAUGGAUCAGGGUCGCCGCAUCACCCUUCCCACUGGCCUCCACUUUUGCUUCGUUCAGGCGUCGGCUGCCGAUGAUCGCGACCGCAGGCAGCUCUACCGACUGCUAGGUGUCAAACCAUGUGAUGAGACAGAGAUAUGCAAGAUGAUACUCGAUUCCCAUGCAACAAUGGUGGGUAGGUCACCUUUGGAAAUCCUCAUCUCGCAUGCGGUGUACAUCUUCCGCGCUCGCUACCAACCUCAAUAUGGCCACUCACUCCGCCUACGCCUCCUUGACUCCAAUAAUACUAUUCGAUACCGGGAGAGAGUCCAUCUUCCUUUUGGGACACAAGGAAAAGCUCUCAGACGGCUUUUUGCAGACGACUUUUCUGGUAUCAUUUGGCUACAUCCAGACUACGAAGAGAGAGUAACGGAAGGCGAGAGACAAAACUGGUUCCAAUUCUUAUGCUCCGUAGAAGGAGUGUGCCGGUUACCUCCUCUUCAUUCAGGUGGACGACUCUCUGAUGCAAUGAGGCAUAUCCUGAUAAGAAAUGGAUCAACGGAAUUUCUCUGGCUUCUGAAGACGCAAUAUCGUUCGGGCUAUGGUAACACGUUUGGAGACUUGCCCACCUGGGAAGCUCAAAGACUCACAGUGGAUAUCAGCAACAUUGAGGUAAGCACCGAUCAAGGUGUGCAGAAACUGUGCGAGACGAUAUUGCCGUCUUUGUCGUCUGUCAGCCUAGGUCUUCUCCCUGUUCUUCAGCUGGUUGAUCCACAAAACACGGACUGGAGCUUCCUCCGCAAAUUUGGAGUACAGACUGAGCUCUCGCCGGACUAUUUUGUGAAACAGCUCCGGGCUUUGAAAGAAAGCAAUGACCAGAGACGAGCGAUAACAACGGCUACAAUUGUUUACAAAGCCAUCGCAGCAUAUCCAGCCUUAGACAGCUCAAAAUUGUGA